UACACUAGUCUCUUUUGCUUCACCUGAAGGUCUUGUCCUACCUGGAGACAGUUGACAGUCAGUCUGUCAGACAUAUAAUCCUCCCUCAUCUCUGCAUUCUUCUCCCUCUCCCUCUUCUCCCUCUUCUUUCAGAUUCACAACCAGCAAACCAAUAAACAACCCAGAGCUGGGAGACUCCACUCGCACGUGUUGCUUACCACCUUUUUUCUGGUGACUAAGGCACCGUUCCUCCGGGUUUACUCUUUUGGUCCUUCCGCUCGAACAGAUCGAAGGAACCAAAAAAUUCAACCUGUUCACGCGGCGCUCCCGAGUCUCCAUUUCGACCCACUUUGCUAGUCAAGGGGUCAACCAGGCCCGGAAUUUUUUUCUUACUUGCCAGUUUGGGACACAAUUGGGGGAUGUGCAAGUAACAAGGGACGAUCGAGAAAGAAGAGCAUUUUCAAAGAAUUGGUCUAAUUUAAGAAUCUGUCUCUCCCACUUUCUUCUUCCUCUGACUCUGCCUCUGACUCCGCAUCACUCGAUCAGUUUAUAUACAUUGAUAGUCUAGACACUUGGAUGGGGAUUAUCACCGACACUUCACGACAGAAUAACAAGAACAAAUCCAACCAGUCCACAGAACGAAAUUAAGCAUGUCUGCCGCCGUGCACACACCUACUAUUGAUCUCUUAGAGAUAGAGCUGGCAAGGGCCAGGAGUGCUCUACAUGAAGUCCAACCCAGCCCGCUCCAGAUAUUGUCCCUGGACGAUGUCACAACAGGAGCGCUGGCUGCUCACAAGAACCACCUGAUCAGUUACGACCAUGACUUCUUCGCUGGGAGUGCUGCUCGUCUCACUGCAAAGGAGUUAGGACUCAUCUCUGUUCAAGAAAUCGUUCCUACCCCUGAAGAAGAGAUUUGCCCACCGCUACCGGUCAUUCCUACUAAUAUUUUCGAUCUCCUGGCCAACAGUGUGGUUUUGCAUCACCUGAUUCCACUGCUGCCAGUCUCGGCAUUGAUGUCUUUGGCUUCAACGAAUAAAGCAGUACGCUCCGUCGUCAUGGAAACUCCAUAUGUGUUCAGACAUCUCGAUUUGAGCACAUGUCGAGUAGCUCAAAUUCCGGAAAGAAAAGCCAUCGAUGCCGGUGGCGAGCAAUGGCGAAACGAGAGGAUGGAUGAGUCCGUUACGGAAGAUGAGUUCUACGCUGGGCCGUUACGAGGGAUCUUUUCCCGUCUUGAGCGCCAGUCACUUUUAGGGAGUGUGCGAACAUUGAUAUUGGACGGUCUAUCUGUUCCGGCUGAUCUGGUCGCCGAUAUCAUUCUGACUGAUCGAUUUAAUGUGAAUAUUCUCUCGAUUCGGGAAUGCUCCCAUCUCAAUGAGCUGCGCCCAACCCGUCCGGCAAAGACGCCGAAAGUGAAAGGUAUAUAUUAUUUCACGCCGAAGGAAUCAAAUGAAAAGUCACACCAACGUCGAGGCUCAUCCCGGCGAGAAUGGUGGCAGACGCGAGUUAGUGGUCAGUCAACAUCACGUUCGGCAACUGAUCCAGAGUCGCAACAAGGUGAGAGUCUCAAUGAGUGGUACAAACCAUUUGGCAAGGUCCUGAAACGCAACAUUGAAGCCGGCUGGGCUCAGACGCUUAAGAAAUGCGAGGGUAUCAUCUCCUUUGAUGCUGUUCUAUGUCGGGGCCCGAGACACAACGCCGACCUUUACGCAUCGACCAACAAGACGCUACCCUGCCCAGGAGACCCUCUUCUGCCUGCAGCCAUUGCAACAGUCUCUUUGGGACCCCGUGGCUGCGAUGGUUGUCGCACGUCUCCUGAAGGUCCCGCAAUCUGGGCCGAAUCUCCUGAUUCUCAUUUCCCUCUACUUAACCCUCUACCCCUCUACGCAUCCAACAUUACCGAUGCUAAACGACCUGUGCCAAGGAACGAGACUGCUGUUAUGUUUGCGCGUUGUGCAGAUUGUUUGCAGAGCAGGUGGUGCCAUCAAUGCCACAAGUGGUUCUGUUUCAACUGUUUACCGAGGCCGGAGGAAGCAGUGACUCGUCUCUCGCCUCAUCAGACUGUCAUACGCCGACCAGGCGCAGGUGAACCUAGAGAUUUUUCACCAGAGAGGCUGGGACCAGGCGUGAGCAGAGAUUGUUGGGAAUGCGGGCCCACAUGUGCAAGCUGCAAGCUUGAGCGUCAACGCAGUUGCGGUACUUGCUAUGGCGAGUACUGCCUCAAGCACAACGAUGGAUGUUCCUCCACAAAACUAAUACUAUCCACUCCGGCACAUACCUCACGAUCACUACCAGGCGACAAAAUCCUCCUUCCCCCCUCAGCACUCGAGCAACUUCUCUCCGCAGCUCCGGUCGUACAAGUCGAUAAUCCACAGACAAACUUUCACCAACAACAUACAUCCAUAUUCGACCCGUUCAAUCCAUAUACCUUUGCAGCUGAAUCGAGAGCGCGCGCGUACGCUUCGUCCGGUGGCGCUCAACAACAACCACAAUUACCGCAUCCGCUUACCUUUCGCCUUGUGAAUCCGCGUAAUGGGCGAGUGGUAUAUGCGGGUAUUCGCGAGUUUUCGGCUGAGGAGGGACAUGUAUGUUUAAGUAAAUUCUUACUGCAUGCCUUGGAGUUAGAUGGACAGCUAGAAAAAGAUGAGAAAGAAGAGGAAGUCACGGUCACGGUUCACGCGCAGCAACUUCCCAAGGGAACAUAUGUACGACUCCGACCUCUUGAAGCAGGGUACGACCCUGAAGAUUGGAAGGCUUUAUUAGAACGACAUUUACGCGAGAAUUUCACUACGUUGACGGUUGGCGAGCUGCUCACUGUCCCCAGUGGACGAGGUCGAUUCUUCGAAUUCUUGAUAGACAAAGUCGCACCGGAAGAAGGAGGGGGAAGUGGGAUAUGUAUAGUCGACACCGAUCUGGAAGUGGAUAUCGAGCCGUUAAAUGAGGAACAAGCGCGAGAAACAUUACAAAAGCUUUCGCAAAAGGCGGCGCGGAAACCAGGCUCUGAAAAGGGGAGCUCGCCGGGAGGUCCGAUUAAGAAAGGUCAACAAAUCCAAGGACGGGUUAAGAGCGGUGAUUACGUGGAUUAUGAAUUAUCUGAUACGGCGAUAAAGGAAGGAGGACGACGACUACAAUUGGAACUUGAGGCUGUUGAUGGAGCUGAUUUGGAUAUUUUCGUUAGUCCAUUCUCGGCAUAUCAAAGGGCGCAACCUCGGAGUGAUGAGCAUGUCUUUGGUGAUAUGUCGUCGAAGUCGUUUAAGGUUUUGAAAUUGGAUUCUUCUCUGCCGGAAAUGGCUGAUGCGGAGAAGCUGUAUGUCUCUGUGCAUGCUUUCUCGCUCCAUGAUGAAGAUGAUACGGAGGCGCCGUUCGAAUUUAUGCUUCGCGUGGUUGAUACUGUCCAGGCUGACGGUGACGAGAAUAUGAUUGAUGUGAAUGAGCACAAUCCCGACGAAGUUCAAUGUAAAAACUGUCAGCAAUGGGUUCCUCGACGUACGUUAUUUUUACACGAGAAUUUCUGUCUACGGAAUAAUAUUCUCUGUCCAAAGUGCAAGAAUGUCUUUCAGAAAUCCUCGAGCGAAUGGCAAAAUCACUGGCAUUGUGAACAUGACGAGUCUUACGGCAACGAUAAACCGAGCAAAGAGAAACAUGACUAUAUAUUCCAUAAAUCGCAUUCAUGCUUCAAUUGCGACUAUACUGCAGACAAUCUACCAUCUCUCGCGCACCAUCGGACAACUAGGUGUCCCGGAAAGCUGAUCCUGUGUCAGUUCUGCCACUUAGUUGUCCCCCAACAGGGCGAUUCAGACCCGGACAUGAACGACCCCGAAGUUUUACUCUCUGGUCUCACACCGCACGAAAUCAUCGACGGGGGCCGUACAACAGAAUGUCAUCUCUGCAACAAAAUCAUUCGACUCCGCGACAUGAAAACCCAUCUACGCCAUCACGACCUCGAGCGUCUCUCACGACCUGCACCAUCGAUAUGUCGAAAUGUGAAUUGCGGUCAUGCGCACGACCCAGAAGGAAAAGCCUUAAAACGACGUAUUGAGCGAAGAUAUCUCUCUCAAAUGCUUACAGGUUGCGGUAAAUCCUGGUGUCGAAACGUAUAUUGCAAAACAGGACAUCCAAACUCCUCCUCCGCAAGCACGGAGCUGCUAACAUCCUCCAAGGAAAUUCUACAAGUCAUUAAACCUCUCAUCGCUUCGAUAAACACGCAACCUAAUCAGACCGAUUCGACUGCGGAGGGAGACAGGUUAUUCUAUCUCUGUGCGGAUGAAAUGAGUCAACAGCGCCGGGUGAUAGGUGAAUUGAUUGCUGCAGAGGGAGUGUAUGAUUUGAGAUGGUGUCUUGCUGCGUUGGAGGCAAGUAGUGGGGAUUUGGAGAAGGCGAGGGAGUGGAUGAGUUCAUGGGCGCCUAGGAAGGAUGAACAGCGAUAA